UGUGGGUAGGGGCUGCUGGAGACUGCCUCCCGCGCGGUCCCUCUACCUGCUGGGGGCGGGGAGGAAGAAAGGCGGGCACCAAUCGAGCGCGUGAGUCACUCUUCUCCCUUGGGUUAGGAGCAGGACUUCUCUCCCUUCCCUGGGUCUGCGCGUCGGCUGGCUCCCCGUUCCGCGACUUCCUUGCUUACUCUCCUGGGUGGCGCGACUGCUGCCUGAGGCUGGACCAGUCGCCUUUCCUUAUAGGUGAGGACCAGAUCUCCCCAUGUAGACCAGGUUGGCCACAUGAAGAUUCAGUGCUUCCUGGGAUUAAAGAUAAACUAAGUUUCAAGAGUCAUAUACUUUACUGCAUUUGAGAAGUGAAAGAGGCCUGAAUUCUCAGUGAAAAUUUUCUAAGUACCAGCCAUCUGUGUAUAAGGGUUUUCUACAUUCUGUGCCCAGAGGAAUUGAUUCCAUUUCUGAAGCUUUCUGAGAGAUCAAAGUUCAGCAUCAUUAGUGAGUCUUAGCUACAGAUGGUAGAGCACAGCAUCUGGAGAGAAUUAUUUUUCAAUUCAAACAAGAAUGAUGUUCAUGGAUUGUAAUCUCAAUAAGACAUAUCUCUGUAAUAUGAAAGACUACCCAACAUUUGUCAGCAAAUCUGCAGAGACCUUGUAAAAACCCUUUAAGCUGAACAGCUGGGACACUAGGUUGGCUAGAGGGAACCUUAACAAUACUAAAUAUCUAUUUACCUUCUGGACAAUUCAUGUGCUGCCACACAGAGCUGCUGCUGAAAUACCAUGUCUAAGAACUCGGAGUUCAUCAAUCUAUCAUUUUUAUUAGAUCAUGAGAAGGAAAUGAUCCUGGGAGUCUUAAAGAGAGAUGAAUAUUUGAAAAAAGUAGAAGACAAGAGAAUAAGGAAGCUGAAAAAUGAAAUUUUAGAAGCAAAGAGAAGAAGUGGAAAGACUCAAGAGACCAGUAGAGUUUGUGUUCAUUGUCAGAAGAACCUUGGACUCAUCUUUGACAGGGGAGAUCCAUGCCAAGCCUGCUCACUCAGAGUGUGCAGUGAGUGUCGAGUCACGGGACUUGGUGGCAGCUGGAAGUGCACUAUCUGUGCCAAAGUCGAGCAGCUGAAGUUUAUAAGUGGAGAAUGGUUUUUUGAAGAAAAGUCAAAGCGUUUCAAGCACGUCAAUGUUCUCGGCACUGAUGUUGUGCGACAGUCAAUUUUAAGAAGUCCAGGGUCUGGAGAAAUACAAAGCCAAGAGCAAGCUCACCAAGAUGUAGACAAGUCAGAUACUUCAUCUUCCAUCAAGCAGAAGGCCACCCAUGAUGGACACAAGAGGAAAGGUUUUCUUCUUAGCAAGUUCAGAUCAGCAACCCGAGGAGAAAUCAGAACUCCAAAACCUGAAAGUGGGAGGAGCUAUAGCUUGGACUUAGACAUUCAAAAUCUUCAGAGUGUCAAGUCAGCCCCUGGUUCAGACAGGGGAAGCAUCACUUCAUCAGAUCUCAUUAACCAGGAGGGUGGACAAGGAACACCGAAAAGCAAAUACAGCAAUGGUGGAAUCCCAGGCACUCAGAGAUCACCAGCCCCAAGUGCUAGAAGUGUGACCUCCAUCAGCAGUAGAGAACGUGGUUUUGAAAAUACCAUGGCUUUGGCUGCCAUUGAAAGCACCUCUGAGGAGCUCACAAAGGGUCAUCGCAGAAAGACAUCUGGUACACCUUCCAUAGCAGUGUCUGGUACCUCUCUUUCAUCAGACCGGAGUCGAUCUGAGUUAGAUUUGAGUGAGUCAUUUGUGGAAGACUUAGAGGAUACUUCAAGCAUAAGAAGCAGAUCUGUCCCUGGAGCAUUAGACAAAGACUUGAACUCCUUAGAAGAGACAGAAGAUGGAGUUGAUGAAUUAGUGUCCUCUGGGUUUUCUGCAAAUACCUACAGUCUGGCAAGUGGCCUGUCAACUAACUCUCAAGCAGGAUCUGAUAGGAAGAGGAGCUACCUAAAUGUCCCUGAUGCCGAUUCAGACACCACCAGCCUUAACAGCAUGAUGAGUGUUUACAGUGAAACAGGAGACUAUGGCAACGUGAAGGUCACUGGUGAAAUUCUUCUCCACAUCAGCUACUGCUACAAAACUGGUGGGCUAUAUAUUUUUGUCAAGAGUUGCAGAAACCUGGCCAUAGGAGAUGAAAAGAAACAGAGGACAGAUGCUUAUGUCAAGUCAUACCUUCUUCCAGACAAGUCCCGAAACAAUAAGCGCAAGACCAAAAUCAGAACAGGUACCAAUCCAGAAUUCAACGAAACAUUAAAGUAUACCAUCAGCCACACCCAGCUGGAAACAAGAACCCUACAGCUCUCAGUCUGGCAUUAUGAUCGGUUUGGACGCAACAGUUUCCUUGGAGAGGUGGAGAUUGCUUUUGACUCAUGGAACUUUGAAAAUCCAUGUGAUGAGUGGUUUGUGCUUCAGCCCAAGGUGGAGCUGGCUCCUGAUAUUAGCCUUCAAUACAAAGGAGAGCUAACAGUUGUUUUACGUUACAUUCCUCCAGAGGAGAGCCCUAUAUUCCCAGUAGAACAACUUCAAGGAAAAAAGACCUUUAGGAAGGGAAAGAAGAAGGAGUCUUCUGCCAUUUCUGGGGGACUACUUGAAGUGUUCAUCAAAGAAGCAAAGAAUCUGACAGCAGUAAAGUCAGGAGGCACUUCCGACAGCUUCGUGAAAGGCUACCUGCUUCCUGAUGAUAACAAAGCCACCAAGCACAAAACUGCUGUUGUAAAAAAGAGUGUUAAUCCUCAAUGGAAUCAUACAUUUAUAUUCAGUGGCCUGUAUCCUCGAGAUAUAAAGAAUGUUUGCCUAGAACUCACUGUCUGGGACAAGGAGGCCUUUUCCAGCAACAUCUUUCUGGGAGGUGUCCGUUUAAAUUCUGGAAGUGGUAUGAGCCACGGGAAGACUGUGGACUGGAUGGACUCUCGUGGGGAAGAACAAAGCCUUUGGCAGAAGAUGCUUGACAACCCUGGAAUGCCUGUAGAGGGAGUUCUCAUGCUUCGGUCCAGCAUGGCAAAAUGUAGGCUCUGAAGGGACCAACUGCAAGAACUAUAUCUCUGAAUGUCAGCUGUUUCCUCUCAGCAAAGGACUGGGACCUUGAAUUCUGUUUUCCUGCCAUUUCUCACCUAAGGGUAUUUGGACAUGGGAAAUAUGUCAGUAUGAUGAACAUUUAGGAUCUUGCUGAUUGAUAAUACACACACACACACACACACACACACCAUUCUAUAUAUUCACCUACACAGGACUCCCUUAUUAGACAAUAGAAAAUGUACCACACCAUUUUGCCAACAAUCAAACUGUGCAACGGCUCAUAGGCUUUGUGUUGAUAAAAAUAACACAAGCUUAUUGGAAUGUAUUUUAGAUUAGGAGUCUCCAGACUUUUUCCAACUGAGUUACUUAAAGUUUCUUCAGUUUGAGGAGAGAAGGUAAUGCAAAGAAGGUAGAUUGUUCGAAGAAUAACAAAGAGAAAUACUGGCCAUCUUUUUCUUAUCCUAGGAUUACCUGUGAUAUAAAACAGGCAUCCAAUGGAUGGUUCAUGGGACAGGAUAGAACACUAUUAUAAUGGCAAACUUUAGGAUGAAUAGAGUGUUUCAAGAUGUACUGGUGGGACGUUGGUAAUUACAAAACUCAUGAUGUAAUUCAGCCUUCUUUUGAAGGUGAAGAUAGUUAAAUGGUUACACAUGAUCACACACACAUACACAAUAACACACACACACACACACAAAACACACAGAAACAAACCAGAAUGUGUGUAGAAAAACGGAAUAUACUUUUUCUUGAUGGCAAUCUAGCAAUUAGAGAACUCUUACAAAAAUAUUUUGUCAAAUAUUUUAAGCCAUUAAGUAAAACGAAAUGAGAAAUAAGGGCCAAUCAAUUCGUCUUUCUACAUUUCAUUCACUAGAGAGACUAGUUAAGUGAAAAGGGAGAUACUCUGCUGUCUGUCUCCUGUCAGGACUCCGUAUUCUCUUUCACUUUCCUCAAGUUCUUAGUAUUUUCUUACACUAUUAUAAUAGACACCCCAAAAGUCUUAAAAUGAAAAUCAAUUUUCUCUUGCCUAGGAAGGUUGCCUAAGAAAGCUCUGCUUCCUGUUAAUAGGCCUGAGGAUCUAAAUCAGAUGCUUCUAGCUCAUCCUCAUUAGACCAAACAAAUAGCCUGAGUAUGGUGAUGGCUGAGGUAUAAUUGCAUGAGUCUCACUGAUCAAUCACCUAAGUGUGUUAUGUCUCAUUGGCCAAAAGGAAGACUUAUUGCUAAGUCACAAGUUAUUUUAAAAAGGAACUAUACCUUGCCCACAGUGAUGCCAAGACAAAAGUGAAGGUGUGAGAAAGGAUGGUGAAACAGAGGCCAGUAGUUGAACUCUGUUAUAAGUCCUGUCACUUUGGUACCUAAGCUACCAAAUUUAGAUACAAAGUCAGUUAAAUCCAGAAUGGAUGCUAAGCUUGGUUGCUUAGUUUGUGAGAUCCAGCCCUGGGGUCGAAAGAGCUGAAAUGACUUGUCCAAGAUCAUGUAGAGGCUGUGACUGAAUCUGGACUUAAGCUUCUAGACAACUUUGACAUGACUCUGUACCUAUCAAGGUGGAUUAUUUAAACAUUAAACAUACAUGCUCCAUGCCAGAUGUAAUGGGUUGCACUUGUAAACUCAGCACUUUAGAGGAAGAGGUAGAGGAUUGGGAGUUCAAGGUGAGACUAAGAUACAAAGAGAAUUUUAGGCUGUCCCGGACUAUGUAGCCAACACCCUAUCUCAAUGACACUCCAUGCACCAAAAAUAUACAUAGUCCAGAUAUGUUCUGGAGUCAGAUUCAAACCCCAAUUGGUCUUCAUUUGAAUACAUGAAAACCUCUUAAAAUGUAACAAAUGAAUGUCAUGGAAGAAUGAAACCAUGUUCAGGUUCAUCAUACAUAGUUAUUAUGGUAUACCAGAGAGUGCCCAGGCUAUUUAUGUCUUAAUCACAAUUCCAUCUUUACAUUCAUUCUCAUGGAAAAUCCCCUUUCUUGAAGAUUUAUUUCUAUAAUUUUAUUUAAUGAUGACAGCUCAGAUCUAACUGCCAGUAUGACAUCUCCAUCAGGAUAGCUUCUUUGAACUUAUAUUCAAACUAAGCACUCUACUAUCAUUCUUGUUUCCAACUCCUCCUAUUUUAGCCCAUUCUACUCUAGUUCUUAGGAGCAUCCAUCCUCUAACCAAUGACAGCAACCAGGCACCAGGUAAUGAUUUGUAUUUCUUGCUUCUCCUUUGCUCUGAGGUAAAAUCAGUCAGGGAAUCAUACUGUGUCUAUUUAAGUUUCCUUAUCUCCAUGAUACCACCCAAGUCCAAACUAGGAUCACUAAUUUUCAUGACUAUUUCAGGAGUCUCCUAACUCUAACCAUGUUACAUUAUUUAUUUAUUUAUGUAUUGUGUAUAUAUAUAUAUAUAUAUGAUGUGUGUUCCAUGUGCAUGUAGAGUCAGAGAACAGCUCUGUGGAGUCGAUACUCUCUUUUCACCUUUACAUGGAAUCUGGGGAUUGAAGCUAGGUAGUUAGUCUUUUGCUGCAAGUAUAUUACCAGAUGAGGCAUCUCUCUGGCUGUUGCCUUUACAAUCAUUCUUGUUCUCCAUCAUUUCAAACUAUAAACAUAGUGAUUAAUCUCAAAAUGGCAUGUUAAAUGUCAGAAUAUACAGAAAAUUGAAAGGACUUUAUAGUAAACAUUCUUAUGCCAAUAACCUAAAUUAACCAUCUAGCAUGUGCACAUGAAUGUAAUUGUCUGUCUUUAUAGAGGUUAUGUCUGUCCAUCACCAAAGUGAUCUAUACAACUUUCCUCAGGCUUUCAAAAUAAAAUACAAAUUAUUGUGUAUGGCCCAGCAUAAGAAGGCCUUUUCUCUAGUGUAUCCUAAGCUGUGCCUCAACCCCUGUCCUCCCUUUCUCUUCAGUCACCUUAUAUGCUUUUCUUGUCUUCAUCGGUACAAUCUUCAUGAAACACCCAGAUCUUAAAUGCUACUUCCUCUGGAAAACUUUCUUGAUCCUGUUCUGAACUAGGCCAUGGAAGCCUACCUUUAUUUCCACUCCACUUCAGUCAACACAAUUAUAAUAAAUUAUUCAUGUAAUGAGCCUUUUGAUGCCAUAUUUGUUGUCUCCCCUCCAUGUAACAUUCACAUGGGCUGAGACAAUGCGUUUUCACAUCUAUAUCCCCAGUGCUUCGCUUAGAGUAGCGUAUCAAAACUAUUUGUGAAAUAAGUCAAAAGAAAACAAAAAUAACACCCUAUAACCUUACAUUAGUAAGCAUUUUUAAAAGCCACCAUUUCAAAGUAAAAGGGGAGGAGGAAAUAGAGCAAGGGUGGAUAGAGGCUUGCAUAUCUUUUUUUUUAUACUUGAGACAUUGUUUACCAAAAUAGUUAGAAAACAGAUAAUAAUUCAGAAAAGAAUAAAAUCCAUCUUUCCUUUUCUUUUUUAAUUCUUUGUGAAUCCCACUCAGCAGCAUCUGCCCUUGCACGUUUCCCACCAAAAUAAAAUAAAAAACAAAACAACAAACAAGCAAACAAAAACAAAACAAAGCAUAGGAAACACAUCAUCAUGAAAGCUGUAGUUUGUCACAGUGUAUUCCACCAUGUACCCUUUUGUCUAUACAUGCAAAUGAUCAUUGCAGUGAGUUGUUCAUUGGUCUGGUUCAAGUCCUCUGGUUUCUGGUACACCAUCAAUUAAAGAUCCUCACCGAGACUUCUCUCAGCCAUCUUGUUGUUGCCCUGUGUCAUGGAGAUGCUACAGCUUUUGGUCAGUAGGACCAGCCUCUUCAUGUGCUCCAGCAGUUCAUAGAUGAAGGAGAUGUUGGGGUGAGCCAACUCAAAGCCUUGGAUCUUGGCCUAGGUGGUAGCUGAGUUGGUCAACCUGCCAGCGAUCCUUCAUCCACAGCACCAGGGUGAGCUCUCUAGCACUGCCCUGGCUAGCUAACACAGGGACCAGGGUCAGAUCUACUGUAGUGCCCAGUCAAGGUACAGGCCCGCUCUGCUCUCCCAAGUGUUGCAUCUGGGGAGGGGCGAGGCUUGUAUAUCUUAACUAAGGGUUUGGUCAUUGACUGAAUAAAAUGAAGUCUACUGAAAGUUUUGAACUGAAGAAUGACAAAAUAGUAUACAUCUUAACACUAUCUCUCUUACUGCUGUAUACAGUAUAUGGUGAAGAGACAGCAACCUGCAACGCUGAGGCUAUUUUCUACUACAAGUAACAAAAUAAAAAUCUAAAAGUUAUAGAAGAGUGUAGCUGGAAAGUUAUCCAGUAGCCUAGAAAAUACGUGUUUUUGUUUGUUUGUUUAGUUUGCACAGCUGUGUUCUUCAGAUUAGGUCAAUCCUGGAUUAAGACUACUGAUUUUUCAUAACUUUUAUAGUCACAAUGCUGAUGAUUAUUAGAUAUGGCUGAAUGAACGUUGUAGAAGGGAGAGAAUUUUGGCAAACUAAGAGUAACUGACAGGGAGACAUUACUAAAGUUGGUGAACUGUGUCAAUGCUUUUUAGGAAAUCUGUGGAGACUAAAAAUCAAAUUUAAGUUUUCAUAUAUGUUAUUCCUUAUUGUUAGUCAAUGAAAUCAAUAAAUUAUUUCAUGAACAUAAAAAAGAUCACCACGGAUAUGACAAAUAGGUUAAUUUGAGAAGUGCUAUAUUUAGAAGACAGACUCUACUUACUAUUACAGAAUAUGUUCAAAUAUGCUGAAGAUAAAAAUCUAUUGUCAGUUUUUUAAUAUGAUCAAAUCGAGGAAACUGCUAGUGAUCCAAAAACCCAACUUUUCUAUCUUUAGAAAAGAUAGGUCUUCUCCUUAGAUCUUCUCCUCCACUAAAAGCCAUCUUCUUCUAUGGCCCAUCCAUUCCCCCCAUGACAUAUGGAGGAAAUAUGCCUUUCUCACAGGAAUCCUUUCAAUGUUCUUAAUCUAUAUAAACAAAUUCACCAUUCUGUCAAAACACACUCCAUGGAAACACAAGCUAAUGUGUCACCAUGAGUAAAGCAUAUAUUCCCUUUCACUUUCGUGACUUUACUAGAAUUCAUCAACUUAUGUUGGAGAAGGAUCCUUUAAAAAGUGAAACUGCGUAGAUAAUUGCUAUAGCCUGUCAAUGCCAAAAGGCUCAUAUUUUUAUCCAAUAUUUUAACACAAAAGAAAGUUUUCUGUGUUUUCCUUUUUCUCUGAGGCCAGAAUUAACACACAUAAUUAAAGCAAAAUUUAAAUCACUGGGUAGGAGGUCAGAGAACUAGAUACCUGUUUAAAUCAGAAGAGUACAUCCUUGUCUCUGUUGUUAAAUAUAGUUAAGCAGAGCUGGGUACAGUGGUGCAUACUUUUAAUCUCAGCACUUGGGAGGCAGAGGUAGAUGGACCUCUGUGAGUCUGAGGUCUACAGACUGAUAUCCAGGACAACCAAAGCUACACAGAGAAACCAUGUCUUGAAACACCAAAAGAAUAUUUGGAAAGCCACAAAGGGAAUCUGAUUAUACUUGCUAAAUAUUUUACUUACCAAUUUCAUAUUUUGAUACCAUAAAUUUCGAACUUGUUCAUGAAAAUUGAUGAACCACAGCACUGAAGUUUCAUUCCCAAUUAUUUUCUUUUAGAAACAAGUAAGGAAGGUAGCCAUUCUAUCACAAAACAGUCUUAUGAAACACUCAGAGCUGGAAAUAUGAUUGAGAACUGCAAAUAUGUUUUCUCUUCAUAAAUGGAUAUUUUAAAAGAGAGAUUAUUGAUUUUCAAUUGGCAUAGAGAAAGGGACAUCUAGACUCCUUUUCUUUCUUUUUCUGGUGCCCCUUGAAUUGAUGGCAUACAUACCAGAGGCUUAGGAGCGCCCUUCUUUUUUGCACAUGGGUUUCUGGAAAUAUCAUUAUUCAAUUUAAACUCUUUCCUGUCACCUCAGAACCCAAGUUAACAUUAUUUACUUGCAAAACAUCUGAAUGAUCAGAAGCAUGUGAAGAGGCAAGUUAUCUUGGCAGCUUCCCAAAGUCCUAAGAGGCACUGAAAUAUAUGCAUAAAAGGCAUUGGAAAUAUAAUGAAGUGGGGAACUGCUCUCGGGAAGAAUAUGGUAUUAACAGAAAAAAAAAUAGCUGCUUGAAUAUAUAGAUGAGGUAGAGAUCCUGACACUGAAGAGCAAUUCAUGGGUGAUAAAUUUCUUUUUAAGGGCAGUUUUCUAAAAGACUCGGGAAGGUGCAGUUGUUGCUGAAUAAUAACAUUAUACCAGUUUGGGCCAGACAUAAAUUCUGAAUAACAAAGGGGAAAGAGGAAUUUGCCUUACCGGAGGAAUUUCUUUGUAUCUCUUCCAUAAGCAACGUGUGCCUCAAUAAAAAUGUUAUACAAAUAGGUAAGGAGGAUAUCAAAGACAUAAAAUGGUGGAGGACCAUUGUAACCCUGUCUACUCAAGAUGCUUUGGCAGGAAGAUCACAAGCUAGGGGCUAGUCUGAGCAACUUAGAAAGAUCUUGUCCCAGAAAAAAAAAUUAAGACUUGAGCUGGAGCUCAAUGUCAGAGCACUUGUCUCACAUGUAUGAGACCUUGGGUUCAGUCUUCAUUAUCAACAUUAAAUUGCAUUAAGUUUAUCUGAGAAAUUCAUCAUGCCAUCAGCUCAGGUAAUGGCCCAGCUCUGUGACUGUAGUGGGUCUCCCAUUCCUGGAAUAAGAUUGCAUUUGUGAGCAAGCCUAGGUUUUCUCUGGGACUUACAGAUUGGUCUAGGGGUUUAGUGUGUUACACAAGAAAAGCACAUUUUUAAUGUCUCAUGAGGAUUUUUAAAUCACUGAGCUACAGAGUAAGGGCUCUUCAGGAAAAAGUAAAGGGGUAAUUUUCCCCUUCACAGAUGGAAUCAUCUAUACAUAUGUUCAUUCACUUACCAAGGUAGUCUCCUAAACUUUCUUUUUCUGCUAAGAAGUUGUCCUAUUUUGCUUGUUUCUUGUUAAUAGAUUUUACUGCUUAGAGAAAAACUGGGUUUACAGAAAAAACUGAGUAGAAGCUUCAGAGAGUUUUAAUAUACGAUUUAUCUCCACAGUUCCUCCUGAUUAAUCCUUUGAAUCAGUGUUGCAUAUUCAUUAGAACUGAUGAUAGAUACAAUAUUUGCACACUAUUUUUAACUAAACAUGAUACUUUAUAGUAAGGUCCACGUUUUGUGAUUUAGAGUACUGCUUGUCUUGACAAAUACAUAAACAAAAUAAAUAUUCUUAAUAGACUUGCUGCUUUUUGCUUAGCAAUAUGCAUUUAAGGUUUCUUUCAUGUCUUUUGUGAUGUGAUAGUUUAAUGUUUCCUGUGGUAAGCACCCUUAAUAUGAUGUCAAUCUUUUUCACAAAAUUUUAAGUGUUCUAUAUACGUAUAGGUAUAUAUGUUUGUUUUAAAGUAUUAGGAAAAAAGUAUACAACACUGAGAAAUAAAUGUUUUAAUCUCAAGAGAUGAUAGAAAGUCUGCAUUCAUUUGCCUAUUUUGUUGUUGUUGGCUACAAAGUUCCUAUUUGCUUACCUUAACAUGUUUAGUACAAAAUUAGUAAUAAUAAUAUGGAAAUGUUUAACAUGUUUACUUCUAAGCUUCUGAAUGGAAUAUUUAUGCUAGAAUAAAACUGCAUGCCAUUUUGUAUGUGAUGCAAAUUAUGAUGUCUUGUUCAUUAAAUUCACUUUCCUAGUAUUUAUACCAUAUUGUCUUCCCAGUUAUUCUGAGCUCUGGAAGAUGGAUUAUAUGUUCUUGGAGAUUGAUUAUGUGCCAUCUAGUCUUACUGUUUUUACACUUAUUUUUCUCUGAAGAUGUGAACAUUUUCUGAGCUGACAUGGAAUAGAUAAAUGUGUAAUUUCCAUCUUAAAGUUAAAAGUGGUGCUGAACAAUUCUCCAUUAUUAGCUAUUGCAUCUACCCCUCAAUUUGGUGUUUGCUCACUUAUCUAGAUUCUGGCAUUUGCAAUCACUUUGUCCUCUCCUCAAUCAAUGAAAGUUCAACCUGCAAUACGGUGUAUAAAAAAUAAUCAAGGUCUUCACAAACAUAAGACAGGUGAUGUAGCCCUAAGGUUGGAAAGUAGAGACAUGUUACUUUUCCUAUGGUGUGAAUGUAUCACAUACUUAGACUCAAAGAAUAUCUUAAAAGCCUUUGGCAAAGGAACUUA